CGUAAUCAUAAUUUUCGUCUUGCCCUGGAAGAAGGCGUAAAAGAAGAACAAGCCGAAAGCUCCAGCUGUCAGUCACCGCGCCGGUUGAUCUUGUACUGCCCAAAAUGGACAGCAUUCCAGCAUUUGUUCCCGAAGGAGCGACCAAGAAGUCAGCACCUCGGGUCGUGUCAUUCGCCGGCCAAGACAUUGAAAAGACGAUGACGCCCGAGGCGACCCAGGACGUGAUGGCCACGUCGCCCAUGUUCGCCACCCCGACCAGCGACCCAGCCCAUCUGACCAGCGGGGAACUGCAGCGCUUGCGCCUGCUUCACGACGAGGCCUUGCAGGGCCGCACGUCUUCGCUGACGGUGGCGCUGAUCAUCGCGUGCAUCUCGAGCAUCGCGCUGGCGCUCAUCAAGAUCACCAUCAAGCGCCACGACAACAUCAGCUCGGCCGAGUGCGUGUUCUUCGUGGGCAUGGGCAUCCUGGUGAGCGUGAUGCCGACGCUGUCCGACACGCUGCAGCCCUUCGGACCGGCCUCGGCCCAGAAGCGGCUGGGCGUCAGCGCCGUGCUCACCACGCUCGCCUACAUCCUCGGCUACAUGGCCGUCCAGUUCAUGUCGGUGGUCGAGGCCACCGUGGUGGCCGCCAUCACGCCCAUGACCACGUGGUUCACCAUGGUGGCCGUGCGCCGCCGGCCCUGCCACUGGGUGCUGGUGCCCGUGCUGGCCUCGUGCGUGACGGCCAUCGUGCUGGUGGUGAAGCCGCCCGUGUUCGGCUUCAAGAACAGUCUCCACCGUGAAAUGGUCAUAGGAGGGUCGUGCGGCGUUGUGUCCACGCUGCUCGUCGGCGUGGAGAAUGCUUUCAAGGUGAACAUGCCAGGCGUGACGCGGAUCGUGGUGCUUUUCCACCUGUCUUGCGUCAUGAUGGUGGUCUCGUUCGUGGCCGGAUCGUUGGCGGGCACCUUCAACAUCAUACGCAGCGGCCCCGAGGUCUCCGAGUUGCUGUUUGUCGUCUACCUGUCCUACGUGUCCCAUAUAUCGCUCGCCAGGCAGGUUCGUCGCGAGCACACGUGGGUGAUUUUGCUGGUGCGCAUCGUGGCCAACAUAGUGUGCGCCAUGGUGCUCGAGAGCGCCUUCGUCGACCCCGGCCUCCUGGACUCGGCGCAGGUCCUGGCGGCCCUCAUGGUCGUCUUCGCGGGAGCGCUCACCACCUUGCACCUGCUCGUCGAGGGCCACGAGAAAUCGCCCGUGGUCGCUGCACACCGCUUCCUGCAGCUGUUCACGUAGCCGAGGCCCCGGAGCGCUACCUCGAAGGGCCUCAUUUCCCCUCGCGGUUCCCGAAAUGCUAUCUUUCGAUUUAAAUACAGCUUUUGCAGAACCUUU